AUGGUGGUGAAGAGCAAGUUAGUGCCCAACCAUGUCAGGGACCUCGGCGAUGUUUUUGGAAUUCUGAGAAAGUACAGGCUGCGCCUAAAUGCGUCCAAGUGUUCAUUCGGGGUGGGGUCAGGGAAAUUCUUAGGUUACCUGGUGACCCAUAGAGCCACUGAUCAUGUCCAGUCCCGAAGCCGACGAGGUGCUAUUCGCUAUAUUGCGGUAGCCCUUCAUGCAGUGAGUUUAGUGCUGAUCCGGGAAGACAAUGACACACAACGGCCCAUCUACUACGUAAGCAAAUUAUUGCACGAGGCAGAGAUCCGUUACCUCCCCCUUGAAAAGGCUGUCCUGGCAAUUGUGCAAGCCACGCGAAAGCUCCCCCAUUACUUCCAGGCACAUACCAUUGUUGUACUGACCCAACUUCCGUUGAGAUCAAUACUCCGGAGUGCCGACUACACAAGCAGAAUAGCAAAGUGGGGGACGAUUUUGGGCGCCUUCGACAUUAGGUACAUGCCUCAUACCGCUGUGAAGGGUCAGGUUCUCACGGAUCUAAUAGCUAAGUUUACAGAACCUACACCAGAAGGAGGAGGAGAGCCACUAAACCCAGACCGGAAACUGAUCGGCAUAGUCUCUCAGCAAGAGCCCACUUGUUGGAAAGCACACGUUGACGGCGCGGCCAACCAAAGGGGCUCAGGAGUGGGGCUCGUCCUGGUUUCCCCUGAGGGGAUUACCAUCGAAAAAUCGUUGAGGCUAGGCUUCUCCACCACGAAUAACGAAGCGGAGUAUGAGGCAUUAUUGGAGGGAAUGUUAAUGAUCCAGAAACUAGGUGGAAAAUCCUUAAACAUGUUCUCGAACUCAAGACUUGUCGUGGGACAAGUAAAUGGGGAAUUGGAGGCGAGGGAUGAAAGAAUACAAGAGUACCUAGUCCAAGUCAAGCGCUUGCGGGCGCAUUUUGAUCACUUCAAUCUAGCGCAUGUGUCCAGGAGUGGGAACACCCAUGCUGACUCUCUUGCAAUGCUCGCCACCUCCUCAGCUCAGCCACUUCCUCGGGUUAUUCUCGUAGAAGAUCUAUACAGCCCGACGAUGGCGAGAACCGACUUAGUACGGGUUCACAGCAUCAGGGCAGGGCCUAGCUGGAUGGAUCCUCUAGUACUAUUCUUAAAGCACGACACCUUACCAGAAGAUAAGAACGAGGCCGACAAGAUUAGAAGAAAGACUUCUCGAUUUUGGCUGUCCGAGAACUCCAAACUGUAUAAGCGCUCAUUUUCAGGACCGUACUUACUAUGCGUGCACCCAGAUGCCACUGAACUUAUCCUGGAGGAAUUACACGAAGGAAUUUGUGGAAGUCAUACAGGGGGUAGGUCCCUGUCCCAUAGGGCCAUAACGCAAGGUUAUUGGUGGCCGAGCAUGCAGAGAGAGGCGCAGGAAUAUGUGAAGAAGUGCGACCAGUGCCAAAGGUCCACAAGGGAAACACCAUUUUCGAUGACUUAUGGGGUUGAGGCUGUUAUUCCUCUAGAGAUAAAUUUCCCAACACAGAAGACCAGCUCAUUCUGCCCCAAUGCCAACAAUGGACUGCUAGAAAAGAGUUUAGACCUCAUCGAAGAAAGAAGGGAGAGUGCAAUGGUCCGACUUGCCUACUACUAG